AUAGGCUACAGAUCUUGUCUGCUUUUCUUGUCAAAUAAUCAGAUACAUCGCUUGCUCCACCGGUUUGUUCGGUCACACGCACCGUAACAUGAAGCUUAAACAGUAGACAUUUUUUAGAAAAACAUCAAAUUUGGAUAUGGAGUCCGUCAAGAUGAGAGCCAAAGAGGGCAUAAAGGAAUUUGGGGCGAAGACCCUGGGACAGAUGUACAAGGUGAUGGAGAAGCGACAGGGAACUGGUGAAGUUAUCGAACUAACAGAGGACGGCAGGCCCUCUGAGGCCCAGGAGAAGAAAGCACCCCUGUGCGACUGCACGUGUUUUGGGCUGCCCCGCCGAUACAUCAUCGCCAUCAUGAGCGGUCUAGGUUUCUGUAUCUCUUUCGGCAUCCGAUGCAAUCUGGGCGUGGCCAUCGUGGGAAUGGUCAACAACAGCACAAUUCACAAAGAUGGGAAGAUCAUCAUCACAGAGAAAGCAAAGUUCAACUGGGACCCAGAGACAGUCGGUAUGAUCCAUGGUUCGUUUUUCUGGGGCUAUAUAGUGACGCAGAUCCCGGGAGGGUACAUAUGCUCGAGACUGGCAGCUAACAGGGUUUUCGGUCUUGCCAUUUUCCUUACCUCGACGCUCAAUAUGUUAAUCCCCUCGGCGGCACGGACGCAUUAUGGACUAGUCAUCUUUGUGAGGAUAUUGCAAGGGCUGGUGGAGGGAGUAACCUACCCAGCCUGCCAUGGGAUCUGGAGUAAGUGGGCUCCCCCUCUGGAGAGGAGUCGCCUGGCCACCACCUCCUUCUGUGGUUCAUAUGCUGGUGCUGUCAUAGCCAUGCCUCUAGCAGGGAUCCUGGUGCAGUACUCCGGCUGGUCCUCUGUGUUCUAUCUCUAUGGGUGCUUUGGGAUCUUCUGGUAUAUGUUCUGGAUCCUUGUGUCGUAUGAAAGUCCUGCUGUGCACCCUACCAUCACCCAGGAGGAACGAGUCUACAUAGAGGAGAGCAUCGGGGAGAGUGCCAAGCUCAUGGGCCCUGCUGAGAAAUUUAAGACCCCCUGGAAAAAGUUCUUCACCUCCAUGCCUGUCUAUGCAAUCAUCGUGGCCAACUUCUGCAGAAGCUGGACCUUCUACCUACUGCUUAUCAGUCAGCCGGCCUACUUUGAGGAGGUGUUUGGGUUUGAGAUAAGCAAGGUUGGCAUGGUGUCUGCCCUGCCCCACUUGGUGAUGACAAUCAUUGUGCCCAUUGGAGGGCAGUUGGCUGACUACCUACGCAGCAGGAACAUCCUCUCUACCACUACAGUCAGGAAGAUCAUGAACUGUGGAGGGUUUGGCAUGGAGGCUACGCUGCUGCUGGUAGUGGGAUUUUCCCACACCAAAGGGGUGGCUAUUUCCUUCCUGGUCCUUGCUGUGGGCUUCAGUGGAUUUGCCAUAUCAGGAUUCAACGUCAAUCACUUAGACAUUGCUCCACGCUAUGCCAGUAUCCUUAUGGGCAUAUCCAACGGUGUGGGCACCCUGUCUGGCAUGGUAUGCCCAUUGAUCGUAGGUGCCAUGACAAAAAACAAGACUCGAGAAGAGUGGCAGUGGGUGUUCCUCAUCGCUGCUCUGGUUCACUACGGGGGAGUCAUCUUCUAUGGCAUCUUUGCCUCUGGAGAGAAGCAGCCGUGGGCCGACCCAGAGCUGACCAGCGAUGAGAAGUGUGGCUUCAUCGAUGAGGAUGAGCUGGCAGAGGAGACGGGCGACAUCACCCAGAGUUACGGUGCCCUGGGCGGCGGUCCGGCCAAAACGUACGGUGCCACUACGCAGAACGGGGGCUGGGCUGACAGCUGGGAUAAGAAGGAGGAGUUUGUCCAGGAAGAGGCAGAGGGAGGGCCGUAUGGCUACAGGCAGGACCAGGACUACUCCUAGAGACAGGAGACUCACUGACCAUCAAACGGUAGACUUAUUUUGUAUUGUUUACCAGUUUAGACGAAACGAGUCAAAAACCAAACAAAAAAGAUAACAAUCCAUUGUUGUAUGUUUGCACAAAUUCAAAUCAUUAUUUCAAAAGAUAAAAUUUGUUAAAAAGAUUAUUUUAUUGUACAAAUAAAAUAAAAAAUAUAGAGAUGAAGCACAUCAAAUUGCCAGAUCUAUUUGUAAAUGUAAUAUGCAUAUAAAUUAUAGAUAUAUUUAUUUGGAGUGCAAUUGUGUGUAAGUGUGAACCAUUUCCACCUCAUCAAUCUGAGCUUCUUCAGUCUGGAGAAGCCUGUUAUGUACGAUCAGACAAGAUUUAACUGGCUUCCUGGAUCAUCAUGCCUAACUGGUUCUUAUUACAACUCCUCAUGAGCCAGCCAUUGCAGUGUAAAAGAAACAUGUCACUGUAAAAAGGGGACUUAACCAGGAAUGAGACUGUAUGUCUUAGGUUGUACAGUAUCUCUUCUGAAUGCACUGAAAGUAGUGUCCUUUCAAUGCAUAAUAUAAUUUUCUUUUUUUAUUAUGUGUUUGUAUAACUGUCUUUAAUACAGAGGCAUAAAGAUACAAUAAUGUUUUGAAGAACAACAUAACACUUUCGCUAGUUGAUGUAAAAGUCUUAAGAUGCAUGAAAGAAAAUAAUGAUGAAGCAUUGCUCACGUGUUUACUGUGCCAUUUUGAGAGCUUGGGACUAUACGGUUCUAUCUGUAUUUUUUACUAAAUGGAGUUAGUGACAUAGCCUUGUUCUGUUCAAUGUUCUCUACUUAUAUACCCCUUAUAUCAACCAGAGAGCUGGUUUCAAGCGCAGGGCGCAGCAGGUGUUUAUUGCAAAGGACCACAGUAGGAGGUAGGUAGCUGGGUCCAGGGACAGGCUAAAGGUUAUACACAGGGGGUCCAACAAGGCUAAAGUACAGGCAGGGAAUAGACAAAAGGCAUCGUUAGUGAGGCAGGCAAAAACUAUCAUAUAUGGGAGGAUUACAUUAUGGGAAAACCAGAGCUCCUAAUAGAAGUGUGUCACAAAACAAACAAUACCUCACAAUGAUGGGGUGCAAAGAACUGAACUAAAUAGUGUGUGAUAACGACAUACAGGUGUGUGAACAGGUGAUCAGAAUUCAGGUGAUUGGGAUCUGGAGAGUGAGGGGGAUCUAUGUGUUUGAGAGUGUGAGUUGGAAGCAGACAUUACAUUAUCUAAGAAUCAUAUUUUUGCAGAUAGAACCUUAUAGUCCCAAGCUCUCGAUUUCAUGCCUAUAACAAUGUUACAUCUAUAAAUGUUUAUGAUUGGAGGUUACAAACAUUCAUAACUCGGUUAUGUAAUUCUUAUGAUCAUUUUGUCCGUUUUAUUGUCUGGUCAAUUCAAGUCAUUUCAAUAAGAUUUGUUGUUGUUUAAAGGUAAAUGUUUGUCUGAGGUGACUAAAGAAAUAUAACAUGGACAAUAUAAAGAAAUUCUGCACGGCACUAUCAAGGGCCUGUGCAAUGCAGAGAAAGACCAGCCAGCCGAUCCAGAAGUAGCCAAUCAGUAUAUCUACUGUACAGACAGUCCGUCAGCAGGAGAUAUGCUUUGCUAAUGAAAAGGAAACAUUUUUAGACUGGGAUAGUGAUCCAGAUAGACAAUGUUGUUAAAGAAAACUAUACCUUGCAGUCCAGGAGGACAAUUCGCCAAGUUGGUGAUUGAGAUUCAUAUUACGUCUACUAGUAAAAACAUUAGAGCAUUACAGAAUUAAAAAACAUGACAGUAUAGCUGUUACUGCCUAUGUAAUGUAUGUCACAUUGAACGUUUACCAUUCCUUAAAGAGUAGGUAGACAAUCAAAAGAGCAGCAAGACAUGAUUUAGCCAGUGUGUAUAGAGUGGUAAUGACCAGUGUAGAGAUACUUGGUUCCAGUCAAUGAUUUAUAUAUACACUCGAUGACUGACAGCGGCCUUGUUUAGAAGCCACUGUGCCUCCAUCUUGGCACUCCCCAACAUUGUAAAUAAAUAUUUUGGAAGCUAUAGAAAUUCAUUUAUUAUUGUCUACAUUUGUUUUUGCCACGUUUAUUCGAUUACAGAACAUUUAAUGAGUAAUUUUAAAUUAUAUUAUGUGAGCUAAACAUUAAAAAAAUACAUAUAUAUUAAAAUAUUUUCCUUAAAAGUAUAAUGUUUUGAAAGUUCUAACGUUACUGUCCCCAAUACAACAACAAAAAAUACUUAAAUACAUUACAUUUUGGCCUAUAAACAUUUAAUUAAAAUACUGUAGAAUUCCAUUCAUUCCAAUGGAAGAUUGCUCCUACUGGAGAGUGCCAAUAUGGCUGACCGAUGGCUUCAAAGCCUCUCAUUGGCCAAUACAUAGUAUCAGCAAUCCAGGGUUUAUAUACACCACUGGUUUCAGUAGCGUGUCAGGGACCUAAACCUGCUUUUCACUGUCUGUCUGUGGAGACCUAAAGUCAGCACUUCACAAUGUAUUUAUGGAAAUGUAUUUAUGCAUGGAACAAAGCCGUAGACUAAAUGUUUUCACUUUUUAUUUCUUUCACAAAAUGUAUUUUGUCUCUCAAACUGUUACUAAUGUGUCAAUUUCUUUGCACAAUUAACCAAAGGUAACGUGGACAUUGCAUGGCCUCUGUAGGCCUCUCCAGGUGGCGCUAACCAUACUCAGUGUACAAAGCAAUAAAUCCAUGGUAACAGUUGUUGUCAACCAUUGAAAAAUGUAAAACACUAGCAUAUGUAACUACAGCGUUUAUUUUACGUUUCAAGCUGUGUUUUUUGUGAUAUCAAAUAUAGAAAAGAACAAACACAAGUACUUGUAAAAAUAAAACUUAUGUAGUUAGAGUCCUCCACACAGCUCUUUGACAUGCUGAUAAUGCAGGGAGUUUGUGAGGGGACUGCUCACCAGAAGAGAAUGAUACCCUGGGCCAUUCCUGUGACAUGGAUGAUGUCCUUCUCCAUAUAUCUAUGGUUCCACUCCUGUUGGUGUCUGCGCAUCCGUUGUUCUGUACAGUUUCCAGUGGUCGUUUUGGAGGGUGUGCUAUUGUUCAGUUUUUUCUCUCUCUCUCUCUCUAAACCCUGUUGGUUUGAUUGAUGUGUGUUCUGCCAGUGGCUGGACCCCUAUUGCCCCCUUAACCAUCUGUCUCUAACCACCUAAACCCCUUUCAUUCUUGCAAUAUUCAAUGAUGUGAAGAUUGUCUGUAAAGGUAAUCUAACAUUUACAGAACUGGCAGAUGUAUAACAUGAAGUAACGGUACCUUCUUCCUGUUUUGUGCCUCUGAGUGAAGUUGCAGUGUGAUUCUAUGGCUUAUUUUGCUGUGUCAAUGGAGAGAUUUGUUGAUGUCAAAAUGAAAUGCUCUAUAUAUCCAUUUUAUAAAAAAAUGAAUGAACAAA